CUAUGGCAGUGUGUCAGACAAAGGAAGGGGAGAAAGAAAAAAAAAAAAAGAGGCAAGUCCAAGAGGAUAAAGUGAGCAUGGAGGUCAGGUACAACCAAGACACGGAAGGAAUGGUUCUGAAGAAUGGACUCACGGAGAGCAAAGACGCCAUGGACUCCCAGGACAGGUUGUCCAAAAGCUUCCUCAAGGAGCCGCACGGUUCCUUCUCCUCCUCGCCCGCUGUGGACAACUGUGACAAGAACCGGGCCGGCGCCGCAGACCCGGACUACUGUCGGAGGAUACUCGUACGAGACGCAAAGGGCUCCAUCAGGGAGAUUAUCCUACCCAAGGGUUUGGACUUGGACCGUCCCAAGAGAACACGCACGUCCUUCACGGCGGAGCAGCUGUACAGGUUAGAGAUGGAGUUUCAGAGGUGUCAGUAUGUUGUGGGACGGGAGCGCACCGAACUGGCCCGCCAGCUCAGUCUGUCUGAAACUCAGGUCAAGGUGUGGUUCCAGAACCGGCGCACCAAGCAGAAGAAGGAUCAGGGGAAAGACUCCGAGCUGCGCUCCGUGGUCUCCGAGACGGCGGCCACCUGCAGCGUCCUCAGACUGCUGGAGCAAGGUCGUCUGCUCACGCCCUCGGGCCUGCCCGCCAUGCUGCCCCACUGCGGCAGCGGCGCUCUGGGCACGGCGCUCCGCCAGGCCUCCCUCGGCGUAGCCGUCAACGGAAGCGGAGGAGGAGGAGGAGCAGCCGGCAGCAGCCCUCCUCUACCCGCCGCCACCGGCUCAGGGACCGUGCCGGGUCUGCAGAGCUCGGCCGCCGCCGCCGCUCACGGCCUCUUCAGCUUCCCCAUGCCCUCCUUGCUCGGCGGCGUCGCCAACCGCAUUUCCUCCAACCCGCUUUCCAUGGCCACCUCGCUAGCCGGCAACCUGCAGGAACUCUCCGCCCGCUACCUGAGCUCCUCUGCUUUCGAGCCUUACUCGCGGACCAACGGCAAAGACGCCAUGGACAAGAAGAACCUGGAAUGAAGCUUUGUGUUGACUUUAAUCGUCCUUCUUUCGCUCCUUGUGUCUCUUCUGUGUCAUCAUGUCCGUCACAUCAUCCGCGUGCCAACAGGAAACGACAAAAACCCCCGCUCGCUCUGGUUUGGGUUAGGUCAGGGUUCCCAAGAGCGCACAAGAUGUCAAAUGUUGACUUUGUAACCCAUAAGAAGCCACAAAUGAUGACCUUGCACUUCUUCAAAGGUAUCAUUAUUAUUAUUAUUAUUAUUAUAAUAGAAUAAUUAUAUGUAAUAUCUCACUAUAUUGAUCACCAGCACAUGGACCCAAGCCCCCACAUAGCCGCCCCUCGGCUUAAAGGAAAAUUCUGUGACGGCCCUAAUCGGAAUGUUUGACACACUAUUAGGAAUGUUCUCAAUUCAAUUCAAUUCAAUUACCACGGUGGUCUAGUGGUUAGCGCGCAGACCUCACAGCUAGGAGACCAGGGUUCAAUUCCACCCUCGGGCAUCUCUGUGUGGAGUUUGCAUGUUCUCCCCGUGCAUGCGUGGGUUUUCUCCGGGUACUCCGGUUUCCUCCCACAUUCCAAAAAAAACAUGCUAGGUUAAUUAGCCACUCCAAAUUGUCCAUAGGUAUGAAUGUGAGUGUGAAUGGUUGUUUGUCUAUAUGUGCCCUGUGAUUGGCUGGCGACCAGUCCAGGGUGUACCCCGCCUUACGCCCGAAGACAGCUGGGAUAGGCUCCAGCCCCCCCCCCGCAACCCUCGUGAGGAAAAAGCGGUAGAAAAUGAAUGAAUGAAUGAAUUCAAUUACAACGGAACCUCCGUUAGCAUACACCGUCAUUUUUGACCGAAAUUUCGGAAAAUCCGAUUGAUAUGAUUUGUUAUCGGCCGCACGGCGGUCGAGUGGUUAGUGUGCAGACCUCACAGCUAGGAGACCCGAGUUCAAUCCCACCCUCGCAUGCCUGGGUUUUCUCCGGGUAGAAAAUUAGAAAGAAAAUUAAUGAGUGAUUUGGUUAGAGUAUGUUUUGGUUAGAGUCGGGUGAAAAUUUAUGAUGCUAAACGAGGUUCCACUGUAAUUCAAAAUGAAAUGGAUUAGAAAUGAAAAAGAGAGGGGCUGCACGGUGGUCGAGUGGUUAAAGAGCAGACCUCACAGCUAGGAAACCGGAGUUCAAUCCCACCCUCGGCCAUCUCUGUGUGGAGUUUGCAUGAUCCCCCCGUGCAUGCGUUGGUAGACAAUUUGAAAAUUAGAAAAAAUAAGAAAAUUAAUGAAUGAUUUGUUAUGGCAAAAAUGUAUUUGGUUAGAGUAUGUUUUGGUUAGAGUCGGGCAAAUUUAUGAUGCUAAGCGAGGUUCCACUGUAAUUCAACAUGAAAUGGAUUAGAAAUGAAAAAGAGAGGGGCUGCACGGGGUUCGAGUGGUUAGCGCACCGACCUCACAGCUAGAAGACCCGAGUUCAAUCCCACCCUCGGCCAUCUCUGUGUGGAAUUUGCAUGAUCCCCCCGUGCAUGCGUGGGUAGACAAUUUGAAAAUUAGGAAAAAAAUAGAAAAUUAAUGAAUGAUUUGUUAUGGCAAAAAAUGGAUUUGGUUAGAGUAUGUUUUGGUUAGAGUCGGGCGAAUUUAUGAUGCUAAACGAGGUUCCACUGUAAUUCAAAAUGAAAUGGAUUAGAAAUGAAAAAGAGAGGGGCUGCACGGUGUUCGAGUGGUUAGCGCACCGACCUCUCAGCUAGAAGACCCGAGUUCAAUCCCACCCUCGGCCAUCUCUGUGUGGAGUUUGCAUGCGUGGGUUUUCUCCGGGUACUCCGGUUUCCUCCCACAUUCCAAAAAAAACAUGCUAGGUUAAUUAGCGACUCCAAAUUGUCCAUAGGUAUGAAUGUGAGUGUGAAUGGUUGUUUGUCUAUAUGUGCCCUGUGAUUGGCUGGCCACCAGUCCGGGGAGAACCCCCACCCCGCCUCUUGCCCCGAGACAGCUGGGAUAGGCUCCAACACCCCCUGCGACCCUUGUGAGGAUAAGCGGUAGAAAAUGAAUGAUUUGUUAUGGCAAAAAUUUAUUUGGUUACAGUACGUUUUGGUUAAAGUCGGGCGAAUUUAUGAUGCUAAGCGAGGUUCCACUGUAAUUCAAAAUGAAAUGGAUUAGAAAUGAAAAAAAGAGGGGCUGCACGGUGGGUGAGUGGUUAGCGCGCAGACCUCACAGCUAGGAGACCCGAGUUCAAUCCCACCCUCGGCCAUCUCUGUGUGGAGUUUGCAUGCGUGGGUUUUCUCCGGGUACUCCGGUUUCCUCCCACAUUCCAAAAACAUGCUAGGUUAAUUAGCCACUCCAAAUUGUCCAUAGGUAUGAAUGUGAGUGUGAAUGGUUGUUUGUCUAUAUGUGCCCUGUGAUUGGCUGGCCACCAGUCCAGGGUGUACCCCCACCCCGCCUCUUGCCCCAAGACAGCUGGGAUAGGCUCCAGCACCCCCUGCGACCCUUGUGAGGAUAAGCGGUAGAAAAUGAAUGAUUUGUUAUGGCAAAAAUUUAUUUGGUUAGAGUACGUUUUGGUUAAAGUCGGGCGAAUUUAUGAUGCUAAGCGAGGUUCCACUGUAAUUCAACAUGAAAUGGAUUAGAAAUGAAAAAGAGAGGGGCUGCACGGUGGUCGAGUGGUUAGCGCGCAGACCUCACAGCUAGGAGACCCGAGUUCAAUCCCACCCUCAGCCAUCUUUGUGUGAAGUUUGCAUGAUCCCCCCCGUGCAUGCGUUGGUUUUCUCCGGGUAAAAAAUUUGAAAAAUAGAAAAUUAAUGAAUGAUUUGUUAUGGCAAAAAUUUAUUUGGUUAGAGUACGUUUUGGUUAAAGUCGGGCGAAUUUAUGAUGCUAAGCGAGGUUCCACUGUAAUUCAAAAUAAAAAAAGCUGGAGGGAAACUGUCUGACCGUCACAUGACAGGCACGUUUCCUGGGAUUUGUUGGCUUGAAGUACGUAGACCGUGAUGUUUUUAUGGCUUCUCAUGGGUUCAAGUGAUGUUUGAGAUUGAAUCGGGUAUUAUGAAUAUGAAAAGUUUUGGACACACUUUUAAAGUGGAGAAAGAAUAGGCUUUGUGCGCAAAUACUCAAAUACACGAGAUGAAGUACAUGACGUCAGAAGUCAGCAGUACUUUGAAUAGAAAGAUCGUCCAUUGAAGAAGCGGGAUUGUCAUUCUCUCAAUGCUUUGUUGAAGACCGCCAUCUUGCAGUGCGGAGCCUUUCCUUUUGCUAAAACGUCUUGUGUGUGAUUUGAGUAGCAUUGUGAGUGUUUUGGGUGUUGUCCUGAAGAAAAAAGGAAUCCCGCGGCAUGGACGUUUUCCACUUUCUCCUGGAUUGUAAAUUAUUGUCUUUUGUAAUGAUGACAUCAGGUGGAAAUGAAGAACGAAUGUAUUGAUCGGAUUGAUCAAUCGAAUCUUAUCGAUGACGUAUUUAGUGCCGUGUCGUGUGAUUUGUAAAAUGUGCUGUCCAAUAUGUGCAUAAAUAUAAAUAUAUCUACAUAUAUACACUAUAUAUCAUCAUGUAUAUCAUGCAUAGUGUAUUUUCUAUUUCUUUCAUAUGGUAAAUGUGACAUUUCAUGAUGUUAUGCAUCAAUAC